CUGGGAGCCCUCGUCGCCCGGGGACGGGGCCCGGGGGGCUCUCGGAGGGGUCGGCCGGGGGCGCUCGGAGGCCGAUGGGGCCCGGGGCGCCCGCCGUGCCAGUGCUCCCCGCCGGGGGGGGCCACGGGAGACCGCCAGAGGGGCACCCCCUUCGGGCCGCCGGAGGGCCGGCGGGUGGCCUGCGGGGCCCGCGGUUCCAGCCUCUGACGCACGAGAUCCUCUGCGAGUGCCUGUCGCAGAUAAAGCAGGUUGUGGAUGGUGGGUUCGCGUUCACCAGGUUGGACGGCUCCAACAAGGAGCUCACCAACCUGGGCAACAAGGUCGAAAACUACAAGCAGCUCCAGCACAUCGUUCUCUCGUCGAACAAGCUCGUCGACAUCGGCGCCGUCACCAAGAUGCCGCACCUGCUGACGUUGCAGAUUGACAGCAACGAGGUUACGUCCUUGGAGUGUAUGCAGGAGGCUGAGCUGCCUUGGUGUCAGAGGCUGAACCUGUCCUCGAACAAGCUUGAGGCAGUGAUGCCGCUGGCUGCCCUGACACGCCUCAGGUUCUUGAACCUGUCCGCGAAUGCCAUAACGUCCCUGGAGGGCUUCGGCGGCCACCCAGCCCUGGAGCAGCUCGAGCUCCAGGAGAACCAGCUCACCACGCUGAAGGGCAUGGGCCCGAUGGGGAGCCUGAAGGUGCUGAACCUCUCGGGCAACCAGCUGACCUCCCUAGAGGGGCUUAGCACGCCCUGCCUGGAGAGCCUCGACGUUAGCAGCAACCAGCUGGCCAGUCUGGAGCACGUGGGCGGCGCGCCGAUGCUCACCGCCCUGAACCUCCAGGGCAACCAGUUCGACGCGGAGGACCCCCAGCUGCCGGAGCUGAGGCGCC